CAGGGUGACGCCAGUCCCUCUCACCCCGCCCCGUUCAACUCAGUCCACUGCGUUCAUUUCAUUCCUGCUCCCAUUCCGCGCAUAUUUCGCAUCCUUGGAGAGACGCUGCGCAUUUUACGCACUCAGCGCGCCCGAUCCUUCAUCAAACCAAAACCGAGAGGAGAUUCUGGAGUUGGCGGAGUGCUUCCCGAUGCUGUAGCGGCAACGAUCACUGGAAAAGUGUGGGAAUUAAUCCAUAAAGACGCGUAUGAAUCGAGGGUUCCUGCCAUCUGAUGUUGGAUUUCAGACCAGUUUGCUGAGUUUUCCACUCUGUACGAGCCACUUUUACUCGUAGUUGGCAUUUGGCAUUAGCAUUGUCAAAGCAGCAGCUAGCAUUAGCAUUCAGUUUAUACUUGUUCGCAGCUGGCUGUUCCCACUGGGACUUAAUCAGUCAUUAGUAUUAGCUUGAGUUUGCCAUUAGCCUUUAGCUCUUUUUUCACGUCACCUACUUAGAGUCAAACAAUUGGCAUUAGUGCUGAGUACCCGUUGGCUAGUUAACAUUAGCUGCCAGUAUGGAGCGCAGUAGCUGGAGUGGCAGUGAGAGUGCAGGGGAAGACAUGGACAGACUGAGUGACUCGGGAGGAGAUAAGACCAUGGAUGGGGACCCUGAGGGGGUUUGGAGCCCUGACAUCGAGCAGAGCUUCCAGGAGGCCCUGGCCAUCUACCCACCGUGUGGAAGAAGGAAGAUAAUACUGUCAGAUGAAGGAAAGAUGUACGGUCGAAAUGAGUUGAUAGCCAGAUACAUCAAGCUCCGAACAGGCAAGACGCGGACAAGGAAACAGGUAUCCAGUCACAUCCAGGUCUUAGCCAGAAGAAAAUCCAGAGAGUUUCAGUCUAAGCUAAAGGACCAGAAUGCCAAGGAGAAGGCUCUGCAGAGCAUCUCCUCUAUGUCCUCAGCUCAGAUCGUCUCGGCCACUGCCAUACACAGCAAGCUCCUGCCUGGAAUAGUACGGGCCAGCUUUCCUGGCAACGCACAGCUGUGGCAGGGGAUGAUUCCUGGAGGACAGUCCAGCUCCACCACAGAAGACAUCAAGCCGUUCUCUCAGCAAGCCUACUCUGUGCAGACAGCAGGGACCACCACAAUCUCAGGCUAUGAGCCUCCUACUGCAACCCAAACACACAGAGAGCCAGCGUGGCAGGGUCGCUCCAUCAGUACCACCAAACUACGACUGGUGGAGUUUUCAUCUUUCCUGGAGACACAGAGAGAGCAGGAGGCGUACAACAAGCACCUGUUUGUGCACAUCAGCCAGAGCAGCCCGAGCUACAGCGACCCUCUGCUGGAGUGUGUGGACAUCAGGCAGAUCUACGACAAGUUCCCAGAGAAGAAAGGUGGUCUCAAAGAGCUGUUCGGCAAGGGCCCGCAAAACGCUUUCUACCUGAUCAAGUUCUGGGCGGACCUGAAUUAUAACAUGCAGGACGAUCCCGCGGCCUUCUAUGGUGUCACCAGCCAAUAUGAGAGCUCAGAGAACAUGACCAUCACCUGCUCCACCAAAGUCUGCUCCUUUGGCAAGCAGGUGGUCGAGAAGGUGGAGACGGAGUAUGCAAGGUUUGAAAACGGACGCUUCAUCUACAGAAUCAGCCGCUCUCCGAUGUGUGAAUACAUGAUCAACUUUAUCCACAAGCUCAAACACCUGCCUGAGAAAUACAUGAUGAACAGUGUGCUGGAGAACUUCACUAUUCUGCUGGUUGUGAGCAACAGAGACACUCAGGAAACCUUGCUGUGUAUGGCGUGUGUGUUCGAGGUGUCCAACAAUGAGCACGGAGCACAGCACCACAUCUAUCGACUCGUCAAGGAUUAACCCACAUACACACACACACUGAAACAAACACACACAAAUGGCCUUUACAUGGUGAUUAAUGGUGACUUUGGAGGUAAAAUGUCUGAAACGUGAAAAAUGUCUACAACAGUGUCUUUCAGCCAAUCACCUUGACUUCAGUGAGGAUGAAAAUAGCUGCAUUUCCACUGCUGCUUCUAAAACAUCACAGCAAUAAUUGGCUAAUUUUAAUUAACAUCAGAUAUGACACAGUAUGCUGCAGAAUCCUCUCCAACAGGAGCAUUUUAACACAGAAAUGUUAACCCCAACCUGAGCAUCCGACGCUCAUUGGCUAUAAAAAGCACAGUGGUGGUGGUGCAGCCAUAGAAACACAUCAGAAUCGCCCUGGGUGGUUUUCCCAGUGACAUCGUGACUCUGAUAUCGUCAGGAGAAAUGUCUCCUGCUAAUUGGUUUCUUCCCCUCUUUCUCCCCAUAAAUUUGUAUUUUGCUGAUCCAACAAUGGAAAUCAAAAUGAUAUUUCUGUCAUGUACUUUUGGGAAAAGAACCCAGGACGAAAAGCAAAAAUCUCACAAUUUUUGCCCCCCUGUGACAAAAGUGUGUGUGUGUGCGUGUGUGUGUGUGUGUGUGGGUGUGUGUGUGUGUGUUAUCUGCCAAGAUACUGACGGACACUGAAGGUCAGACCCUGUGUAUCAUCAAUAACCAGAGAGGGAAAUGACACUCCUGCAUUAUCAUAUAGUACAGUAUAGAGGUGGCUUUGUACAGGUGGCCACUGCAAUUUGUGUGAGCUGCAUUCUUGCACAAAAAAGAGGUUUGUCCCAAAGAAAAGAAAUCAAACUUUUACCUUUUUGUAUGUUUUCUUUAAAAAAAAAAUAAUUAAAAAAACAGAAUAGCUUCUAAACUUUGGGAAAUUGUUUAUUGAUAGUAGCAUAGACUAUAUUUUAAUUCCAGGAACACUAUCAAAACUGUAUGUUAAUAAGAAGAUAUAAGUGAAAUUGAACAAUUCAGGUACCUUUUUGUGCAACCAGUGACUCUUUGUCAAGAUUGAAUAAAUAAAUAAGCAUGUUAAAGCUAUAAUCCUAAAGAUUUCAGUUCCUGGCUGUUUUGGCGGUCAUUUCAUGAUUGGCUGAUUACAUGAAAAUCUAUAGGAUUAUGACUUCAAAUAUCAAAUACAUUGUGGCCAGGCCAUGUGGAGGCACUGUGAAUCUGUACGUCAUUCAUGAUGUAUAAAAGAAAAAUAUGUCAAAACAAAAUGUUGAAUUUUUUUUAAAUCAGGUCUCACUUUGCUAAUUAGACUUAGAUUAGUUUAGUAUUCUUGCACCAGCUAACUUGAGCUUUAACAUGUCCAUACUGACAAACGUGUUCAAGCCUGAAAUGUUAGUGUGUCCAUAUAUUUCAGCUGAAGAUUGCCCAGACCAGAAGCCUUGGCACUUGUUUUUCAUUAUGAGAGUUUUCCACAUCAGGACAGCUCGUUGAGUGCUCCUUUAUAACUCUAGAGGAUAAAUGAGGAAAAUGGACACAGUUCCCUUUAAUCUGUCCAGGACUGGUUUCUUUCACUGAGAUAAUAUUAUGUCUGAAUUAUAGUCAUUUAUAAUCAAAAACCAAAAACUGUUGAUGAAGUGUACUGUAGCAGGUGAUUGGUUGUUUGUCUGUGUCAUGCUCAGCAGCAUGAAGUGCCUUUAGUUGGGAACAGCAGUAGACAUUUCUAGUCUGUUUCAUGUAAGUCCUAAUAAUUUGGUGUUGUGGACGGUGCAUAGACAGGCAUUUUAGUGAAUAUACAGAACACAUCAUUUGGUAUCACAUGCUCCAGUUUUCAGUGUCUGGGGGUGAAGUAUCUAAAUUCUAUAUUUAAUGGCUGUUUCUUGGUGUAUUUUGUGGACAUACAGCACUAAACCAUCAUGAAGAAUUUUAACUGCUUUUAUAUCCUGCAGGAUGUUAAUGAGACACAUUCUUGUUUGCUUGGUAUUUGAUGGCAGCAUUUACAUGUAUUUGCAUUUGUGUAUUACACGUACAUGUGACAGAUUCAUGUUGAAACAGCUUGUCUAGUGUCUCUAUGUUUCUAUGAAAUGCAGCGUGGGCUUGUUACUACUACAGAAGACCAGUUUGAAACUGAAAGUUCACUUUGAUCAGUUUUUGAUUUAGAAUCAAAAUGCUGAUAGCCCUACCCUUGUGUGGGUGUCACUGUUGGCUUAAUUAGCUUAGCACAAAGACUGGAAGCUGUCCAAAGUUAAAAAAGAAAGGAACUUUUCUUACAUCCGCUCAAAAAACAAAUAAAACUUACUGGUGUCAGGCCAGGAAAUACCCACAUUUACACACAGCACACUCUAAAACUUGUUUUUACACUUUUUCAGCAGGGAUUAAAUAACCAUGUUAAGAUGGCUUCAGAGGUGAUGAUAGGCGGUCUUUCUUAUAGAGUUUUCACACUGCACUUAGCCCAGGGCUAACAGCAUUAGGCAUAACAGCAUACAGGUUAUACCCUGAAAGUAGGCUAAACAAAGGGCUUAAAGAGUGCCAGUGAGAAACAGGGCUACUGUAAACAGGUGUCAUCAGCCAUUAUUUUAGUCGGUAAACACUAGUCACUUGUCCCAGCAGGCAUUUAACCCAGAGCUCGUAAAGGUGCGGUGUGAAUCAUAUGGCCCUGGAUAACCUUGGGUUAAAAGGGUGUCCUUAUCCCGGGCUGAACAUAUACAGUGUGAAAGGCCUUUUAGACUUUCUGCUAAGCUUAAUUAACAAGCAAGUUUAGAAUAAGACCAUCUGCGUUUUAUAAUCAAGCAAAAGUCUUUUUUUUAAAAUAUUGAACAAUUUCCUCAAAACUUAAAUGAAAAUAAUUGAAUGCUACCUUGCAAUAAGAGUCCAACAUGGCUAAAAAUGCAUCAACCCUGGUCUUUCUCCAGCAAGUUAGCCAGAUAACUCUGUAAACGUUCAGUAUGUCCAUCGCUGCAAAGACCCAAACAAAUGCCAAAAUGAUGUGCAUGUUAAUGAAUAAGGCCCAGAGGUUUUUAAAAUCUUACAACAACGGAGUACACAGUGCCAAUUAACACGGUGCCAAGACUCACAGGAUCACGUUGCCUGUGUGACCAGCUGGGAUGCUAUUUGGUGUCCGGAAUCCCAGCGACUUGCAGAGAAACACUGAAGUAGCCAGCUGUUAAAUAUUUGGUCUGAACGAGUAAUGACUCAUAUCUGACUCCGACCUGGCGUUUUCACUACUUGUUUAAAGACUCCUGUAUGUGUUUCUCGAGGUUACAGCCACCUGUCCAACAAGACACAACCCUCUCAACACACCGGUGUAUCACUCAGUCAGGAAAACCUGUCUCACUGUCCCUCCUGCCUGCAACUUUCCCAGAGUUCUGUCUCACGCGUUAGCAGUUUGCUGUUUGCAGGCAAACUAUGACAGCUUCACAGCAGAGUACCAACAUGUAACAUGUACGUGAUAACCUAACACACAGCCACAGCGGGGCUGAAUUUCAAUAAUGACCCUCUGUCUGGACAUUAUCUACCACCUGCCUACCAAAGACAGCCAUCAUGUGACAUGAAGUACAGAGGAAAAGGCUGGAUUACAAGCUGGAGUCUUACAAGCUUCUGCCAAAAAAACGUAGUGUUUCAAGGAAAAGGAUUAUCAACCUAGAAACACCUGAAACUUAUGGGCUACACUAAAACUGUAACAAAGCAACGAAAUAAACACAACGUUUUGGAAAGCGUUUCGUUUUUAACCUGCACUCACAUCUUUUGUCUUUGAAGUCACCUUUUAAUUCGAUCUUAUCAGAUAUGGACACCUCUUAUCAUCUUGGUUGGCAGCCCUGUAUGAAAACUGGAAACUGUGAUUUUGUAAAAUGCCCUUAAUAUCUGAUGAACUUUACAUGGACUCAAGAAAUUGUGCUCACACUAUUAAAGUCACACAAAGAGUGGUGUAUACACGGUGCCUAAACUUUGUUCAAAAAGUUCAGCGAACUGCAGAGUUUCUGAAUCAUCGUCGUCUGUGUUGUUAAUGUCGUCUCGUAUGUGCAAGUUGGAUAUUUAUCUUCUUUUCAGAACCACAUGUGGCACAGAGAUCCUGUCUGUAAUCAAUUCCAAAAUGGCCUUGAAUCUUUCCGCUCCGGUGCAUGUGCAGCACGUCUGUGAGUGCACUGAGGGUUUUUGAUAAGGUGCUUUGUAUAAAGGUGACAAUAACGUUUAUUACAGAUGUUGUGUAUAUCUUUGAUAUUCUAAUCUUUAUCCUAUUUUGCGAAGAAGAGAGUUCAUUUAGGAAAAUCCUAAAGCUAGUAAUGUGUGUCUAUUGGUACUGCACAGGGUCUGAUCUUUGCUUUGUAACUUUUUUUUCCCCCUCAUGGCUAAAAGUAUGUUAGAUAUUUUCUAGCUUUGUAGAGACUUUGUACGCAUAUGCUAUUCAGUUUAAAUAAAUGGUCAGUUCCAAACUGUG